CCCAGACCUUUUCCCUGAGACUCCUAGGGAUGAGAGAGGAGCGAGGCCCAGCUCUCUCGCUAUUUUUCUUUGCCGCUUUGAGAGUUCUCAUCUUCCAGCACUGACUGCCCUCUGUGGCUGACUCCUUUCUCUACCUUCCCCCUUCCCCAGGCUAAAGGGCCCACAGGGACUGGCAGGGAGGAAGGCUGAGCGGCUGUACUGUGGGCAUGCCUAUUCCUUUCCCUUCCCCCUUCCCUUAGCAGCAACGUCACCGCAGCACCAGAGGCAGCAGCAGCGGCAAGGAUACUGGGGCUGGGAUUGCGCAGCCUCCCUGCAUUAGCAACGAUGCCAUUGUAUUAGCAGAAAUCAGAUCUUAGGAAAUCAGCCCAGUUCCCCCUGUGUGGUCCUGUGGAACAGUGCCUCAGCUUGAACUGUCAAGAUAGAGCUUGGUCGGAGUGCAAAAGGAACAGAAGCCUCCAGAUACAGCUAAGGCUCCUUACAGAGCCUUGUGGCUCAGUUUAGCCUCUCUGAUUUCUGCCUUUCUGCAUAUCUACUCCUUACCUCAAUCAACACACAAAGGCUUGGGAAGUCCAACAGAGGAGCCUUCCUCUCAGAAAGGAAAGGAGGAAGAAAGAAGGUACCAAGCUCUCCUGAUGAAAUGUGUUCUGCCCCACUGGGCUCCGGGGGCAGUGUCUGGUGCUGUUGAUGCCCUUGUUCGAACUUUCCAGAAUGGAUAGUCCCCCAAAGCUGACUGGAGAGACCCUCAUCGUCCACCACAUCCCCCUGGUACACUGUCAAGUCCCAGACAGGCAAUGCUGCGGAGGGGCAAGUGCAGGUAGCGGGAGCACAAGACCCAAUCCCUUCUGCCCAUCUGAGCUGGGCAUCACCCAGCCUGAUCAAGACCUGGGACAAGCCGACUCCCUGCUAUACAACAGUCUGCAUUCUGCUCCCGGGGGAUCUGCGCGAUCUGCAGACAGCACCAAGAACAGAGGUCGGGAUGGAAGAGGCCCCGGGGCCCCUAAACGACACAAUCCCUUUUUGCUGCAAGAGGGUAUUGCUGAGCCAGGACUUGGUGACCUGUAUGAUGACAGCAUCGGUGAUAGUGCCACCCAGCAGUCCUUCCACCUGCACGGGGCUGGCCAGCCCACCUUCCAUCCCUCCUCUUUCCAGCUGCCACCACCUGGCCCCAGAGUGGGCAGGCCAUGGGAGGCAACACAUAGUCGGGCUGGAGUGGUGGAGGGGCAGGAACAGGAGCCAGUGACCACCUUGGAUGCCCAGCAGUGCAGCAGUAGCCACAGUUGCCGGCCAGAGCCGGAAGCAGAGACCAUGGAGCUGGAUGAGUACGGGGGCCCUGGUGGGAGUGGCAGCGGGGGUGGAGCCAGUGAUACCUCUGGCUUUUCCUUUGACCAGGAGUGGAAGCUCAGUUCAGAUGAAUCCCCAAGGAACCCCAGAUGCUCAGGCUCAGGACCCCAGCACUGCCGCUGCAGUAGCACAUCCAGUCAGUCCGAGGCGGCUGACCAGUCCAUGGGCUAUGUGAGCGACUCCUCCUGCAACAGCUCAGAUGGAGUGCUGGUCACCUUCAGCACCCUCUACAACAAGAUGCACGGCAACUCCCAUGCCAAUCUCAACUCUGCCCCGCAAUCUUGCAGCGACUCUUCCUUCUGCAGCCACUCAGACCCCAGCGCCUUCUACCUGGACCUGCAGCCUUCCCCAGCAGAGUCUAAGAUGUCUUGUGAGUCCCACCACCCUGACAGUGGAGGGAGGGAAGGUGGCUAUGGUUGUCCUCAUGCCUCGUCUCCUGAGCUUGAUGCCAACUGCAACUCCUACCGCUCGCACUGUGAGCCCUGCCCAGCUGUGGCUGACCUCACAGCCUGCUUCCAGAGCCAGGCCCGUCUUGUUGUGGCCACACAGAAUUACUAUAAACUUGUCACCUGUGACCUGUCCUCCCAAUCAUCCCCAAGCCCAGCUGGCUCUUCCAUCACCAGCUGCUCAGAGGAACACACCAAGAUAAGUCCUGCGCCAGGCCCUGGCCCAGACCCUGGCCCUAGCCAGCCCUCUGAGUAUUACCUGUUCCAGAAGCCAGAAGUCCAGCCAGAGGAACAAGAAGCACCUGCUCCCGUGGGCCCCACUGUGAUCGAGGGGCAGGUGUACACUAAUACUUCACCCCCCAACCUCAGCACUGGACGUCAGCGCUCUCGAAGCUACGACCGCGGCCUAGAGCGCAGCCCUCCUAUCCGCCUGGGCUCACUGGAACGCAUGUUGAGUUGCCCAGUACGCCUGAGUGAGGGCCCUGCAGCCCUGACUGGGCCUAGUUCCCCACCUCGGCGUGUCACCUCCUUUGCUGAACUCGCCAAGGGCCGGAAGAAAGCUGCAGGCUCUGGCUCCCCCCCAUUGCGAGUGAGCGCUGGGGACUCCUCCCAGGAGUUCUCACCCAUCCAGGAAGCCCAGCAAGACAGGGUGGGCCCACUAGAUGAGGGCACUCACUGUAGCCAUAGCCUACCACCCAUGCCCUUGGGGCCAGGCCUGGACCUAGUUGGCCCAGAGCCCUGGUCCACCCAGGUCUGUCAGGGCCUCCAGUCCAGUGAGAUGCCACCUGCUGGCCUCAGAGCUGCUGGGCAAGGCCCCCUGGCCCAGCUGAUGGAUCCAGGGCCUGCUCUCCCAGGGAGCCCAGCCAGCAGCCAUACCCAGAGGGAUGCAAGAGCUAGAGCUGACGGGGGUGGUGCUGAGAGCCGACCAGUCCUUCGCUACAGCAAGGAGCAGAGGCCAACCACGCUGCCCAUCCAGCCCUUCGUGUUCCAGCACCACUUCCCCAAGCAGCUGGCCAAGUCCCGGGCCCUCCACAGCCUCUCCCAGCUCUACAGCCUCUCGGGCUGCACCCGUGCACCGCAGCGUGCCCCUCUGGCUGCCCCCACUGCUCAGGUCCCAGCGCACGCUCCUUCAGGGGAGCCUCAGGCAUCCAGCAGCGGAGGUGCCAGGAAAGCUGGGCCUGAGCCACAAACCUCACGGCCGUCACCCCUGGGCAGCUACUCCCCCAUCCGGAGUGCCGGCCCCUUUGGGCCCAGCACCGAGUCUUCUGCCUCCACUUCGUGCUCCCCUCCCCCAGAGCAGACCACAGCCACAGAAAGCCCACCUCCAUGGGGCCGCUCCUGUCCUCCUGCUGUCCGGCCUGCCACCUCCCAGCAGCCACAAAAGGAGCAUCAGAAGAUACUGACCUUGGCUGAGUACCGACUCCAUGGAACAGGAAGCUUGCCUCCUCUGGGCUCCUGGAGAUCUAGCCUCAGCCGGGCGGAGAGCCUGGCCCGGGGAGGUGGUGAGGGCAGCAUGGCUUCCAGGCCCAAUAAUGCCAACCAUCUAUCCCCUCAAGCACUCAAGUGGAGGGAAUACAGGAGGAAGAACCCUCUAGGGCCACCUGGUCUGUCAGGGAGCCUAGACCGAAGGCCACAGGAUGGUCGACUGGCCCGAAGGAACCCCAUCUUUGAGUUCCCUGGCUCCCUCAGUGCUGCUGGCCAUCUGAACUGCCGGCUGAAUGGUCAAGUAGUGAAGCCGUUACCACUGACCUGUCCUGACUUCCAAGACCCCUUUUCCUUGACUGAGAAGCCUCCAGCUGAGUUCUGUCUGUCCCCAGAUGGCAACUCAGAGGCCAUUUCCAUUGACCUUCUUCAGAAAAAAGGGCUGGUGAAAGCUAUUAACACGGCUGUAGACCUCAUUGUGGCCCAUUUUGGCACAAGCCGGGAUCCUGGGGUAAAGGCAAAGCUGGGGAAUAGUUCUGUGAGCCCCAAUGUAGGCCACCUGGUUCUGAAGUACUUGUGCCCUGCGGUCCGGGCGGUGUUGGAGGACGGGCUCAAGGCCUUUGUGCUGGAUGUCAUCAUCGGGCAGCGGAAGAACACCCCGUGGAGUGUGGUUGAGGCUUCCACACAGCUAGGCCCAUCCACCAAGGUUUUGCACGGCCUGUACAACAAAGUCAGCCAAUUCCCAGAGCUCACCAGUCAUACCAUGCGCUUCAACGCCUUCAUCCUCGGCCUGCUCAACAUCCGGUCCCUGGAGUUCUGGUUUAAUCACCUCUAUAACCAUGAAGAUAUCAUCCAGACCCACUACCAGCCGUGGGGUUUCCUGAACGCGGCGCAUACGGUGUGCCCUGGCCUCCUGGAGGAACUGCUGCUGCUGCUCCAGCCCCUGGCCCUCCUGCCCUUCAGCCUCGACCUACUGUUCCAGCACCGGCUGUUGCAGAGUGGGCAGCGGCAGCGGCAGCACAAGGAGCUGCUGCGGGUGUCCCAGGACUUGCUGCUGUCCGCCCACUCGACACUGCAGCUGGCCCGCUCCCGGAGCCAGGAGGGCCCUGGAGACAUGGACGGGGCAGCCCGUGGGGAGCGGGUGAAGGGUGUGGGUGCCCCAGAAGGUGGAGAAGAUGAGGAAGAAGACAAGGAGACAGAGGCAGCUGAGAGCUCAGGGCGUGGCAGGUGGGCCCGAAGUGGGCAGGCUGGCUGGUGGUACCAGCUCAUGCAGAGCUCCCAGGUCUACAUCGAUGGCUCCGCUGAGGGCUCUAGGUUCCCCCGGGGUGGCAGCAAUAGCAGCAGUGGCAGCAGCAGUGAGAAAAAGAAAGGGACGGGAGGUGGGGGGCCACCCCCCCGAGAGGGAGUCGUGGAGGGAGCUGAGGCCUGCCCUGCCCCUGAGGAGACCCUUGGCCGGGAGAGGGGCUGGCCUUUCUGGAUGGGGAGCCCCCCUGAUUCUGUACUGGCUGAGCUGAGGCGCAGCCGGGAGAGGGAGGGGCCCACUGCCCCCCCAGCAGAAAAUGAGGAAGGAGCCUUAGAGCCUUCACCCGGGGUCAUCAAGUGGGGACACCUCUUCGGGUCCCGAAAGGCUCAGCGGGAGGCCCGGCCCACAAACAGGCUACCCUCGGACUGGCUCAGCCUGGACAAGUCCAUGUUCCAGCUAGUGGCGCAAACAGUGGGUGCCCGCCGGGAGCCAGAGCCCAAGGAGGGCCUGCAGGAGCCACAGUCUCCAGCCCUGCCUUCCAGCACUCCAUGCGAGGUGAAGGCACUGUGCCACUAUCUGGCCACAGGCCCUGGACAGCUGAGCUUCCACAAGGGAGACAUCCUGCGGGUGCUGGGGCCAGCCGGAAGAGACUGGCUGCGCUGCAGCCGUGGCCCUGACACUGGUCUGGUGCCUCUGGCCUAUGUGACUUUGACCCCAACUCCAAGUCCAACCCCUGGAAGCAGCCAAAACUGAGGCCCUGUGCAUGCUGGUGGCCUCAGGGACCCUCACAACCCCUAGACUCGUAGCCUGAGAGCCCUUCCCAAGCCCUCUGGCCUGGUUACAGAGAGUAGACCGAGAGCUGGGGGCCACAUACCCCUGUGCUCAGUAUCAAUUACUCCCCCUUAACUGUCCCAGUGACCUCGUCCAGAUCUCCCCCCAGGAAAGGAGGGAAGGGACGCAGCACUGGGCUGCCAGAAUUUCCCCCGCCUAUCUUGGCCAGCCCUCCCAUGGGUACAGACAGGCAUGUCCCUGUGGAGGGAGGUGACCAGAAGGCCCGUUUGUGGGGGUCCCUAGGCCAGGUGGUGAGAAGGAUGGGUGACAGUAUUGGGGCCAGUUCCCUGAGCCCCCAGCUUUAAGUAGGCUGUGGCCAGUGCCUGGUGGUCAGAGGAGGGAGGAGGAGCCCAGGCUCUGUUUAUGUAUUUAUUUAUUUAUUUAUUACACCUAUUAAUAAAAAAGGUGCUUGGCCUCCAAA